CGGCUGUUCUUUUGGGAUGGAGCGCGUACGGGAGUGUGUUUCCUCCGCUGGGAUGUUUUCUCUCGGGGUGCUGUCGCUGCUCUGGCCGUCGCUGAACGGAGUUUGGGGUUUUAACCUUUACGCCGAGCAUCCUACAGUUUACAGGGGACCCGAUGGGAGUUAUUUCGGUUACUCUGUGGACUUCUACCAAGCCACGACCGACAGCAACACGAUCAGUGUGUUGGUGGGGGCUCCUAAGGCGAACACCUCCCAGCCCGGCAUCGUGGAGGCUGGAGCUGUCUACUACUGCCCCUGGCCUGGACUGCCUGACAGUUGCAGACAGAUACCUUUUGACAAUUCCAAUAACAGAAUGAUGAAAGUAAAUGGCACCAGAGAGCCAGUGGAGUUUAAGUCAUACCAGUGGUUCGGAGCAUCAGUCAGGACACAUAAAGGAAAAGUGGUGGCGUGUGCUCCUCUCUACCACUGGCGGACAGUCAAGCUGAGUGGAGAGAAGGAACCCGUGGGGACUUGCUAUGUGGCUGUCCAGAAUUUCAGCGCCUACGCAGAGUACUCGCCCUGCAGGACCAGUGAUCCAGACCCAGAGGGACAGGGGUUCUGCCAGGCUGGCUUCAGUGUGGAUUUCACCAAGGAAGGAAGGCUGGUGGUGGGAGGACCUGGAAGCUUUUACUGGCAAGGUCAGGUCAUGACAGCAGGGAUAGCUGAGAUACUGAACGGCUACUCUUUGAAGGCAAUCCUGAGACAGGUUCCAGGAGAGAAACAAACUAGAGCAGCUGAAGACACACACGAUGACAGCUACCUUGGUUACUCUGUGGCAGUGGGAGAGUUUACAGGAGACUCUGAACAAGAGCUGAUAGCUGGAGUCCCAAGAGGCGCACAGAGUUUUGGAUAUGUGGCAGUGAUCAACUCCACCAAUCUGACCUUCAUCCAGAACUUCACAGGGGAACAGAUGGCCUCCUAUUUUGGCUACUCGGUGGCUGUCACUGACCUGAAUGGAGAUGGGAUGGAUGAUGUGUUGGUCGGAGCACCCCUCUAUAUGGAGAGAGAGAUGGAGAGCAAACCCAGGGAGGUGGGGAGGGUUUACUUGUACCUGCAGAUGGCCCCGCUCACGUUCUCCAAACCUGUCGCCCUCACUGGCACACACAUCUUUGGACGAUUUGGCACAGCUAUAGCACCCGUGGGAGACAUCAACCAGGAUGGAUACAAUGUGGUUUUCUGUCAGCUCAAAGAGUGUCGGCCUGUUUCUGUCUACGUGGCGGUGGGCUGUCCGUUUGGAGGCGAGGAUCGUGGAGGCAGAGUAUUGAUCUUUAACGGUAACAGAGACGUAUCCACGCAAGGCCUGAUGCUGAGCCAAGAGCUAAGAGCAGCGUGGUCCCCCAGCGGUAGUUUGCCUGGAUAUGGAUUCACUAUAAGAGGAGGCCAAGACUUGGACAACAAUCAGUAUCCUGAUCUGAUCGUGGGGGCGUUUGGCGCAGGCGAUGUGUCGGUGUACAGGUCUCGAGCUGUAGUGUCUGUGGAAGCCACAAUGACCCUGACCCCCAGAAUCCUGAACCCUGAUGACCGACAGUGUCACCUGCCUCAGACAGACAUCAUGGUUACCUGUUUGAAGGUGAAUGUGUGUGCAGCAGUGAGCGGCGUGGGGAUCCCCAGCUCUGUAGACCUGAGAGCAGAGUUGCAGCUGGACUGGUUGAAAGGCAUCAGGGGGGGAGUUAAGCGAGUUCUCUUCCUGCACACCCAGCAGCCUCAGCACAAGGGGCUCCUGAGGCUGGGUCACAACCGCCCGAGUGCAUGCCUGAACUACACCAUUUACCUGAGAGAGGAUGAUGAGUUCAGGGACAAAUUAACCCCUAUCUCACUGGCUCUGAACUACAGCUUGGCUCCUCCCUCACGUGGCCAAAACCUCCCACCUGUCCUUAACCACUACAGCAGCACCUUCCUCCAAGAGCAUGCCUACAUUCUCCUGGACUGCGGAGACGACAAUAUUUGUAUCCCCGACCUGCAGCUCUCUGCCAGCAUGGAUCGCUCAGAGCUGGUGAUUGGAGAUGACAAUCUGGUCAUGUUGACCAUCACUGCGGUGAACCGAGGGGAGGGAGCCUACGAGACAGAGCUACACACACUGAUACCACCAGAGGCUGACUACAUUGGAGUGGAGCGCAGGGUGGAGUCUCUGUCGCAGCUAAAUUGCGAGUACAAGAUGGUCAAUGAGUCCAGGAUGGUGGUGUGUGACCUCGGGAACCCAAUGGUAGCUGGGACAGAGCUGUCUGUUGGUUUGAGGUUUUCUGUCCAAAGGUUGGAUGAUGUCGGACCAAAAAUCAGCUUUGAGCUACAGAUCCACAGCUCCAACAAAGAUAACUCCAACAGCAAUCCGGUCAGUUUGAAUCUGUCCAUCGUUGCCAAAGCUCAACUCAAUUUACGUGGGGUGUCUCAUCCCUCUCAGGUGGUGCUGCCAUUCCCUCGCUGGGAACCCAAAGAGAAGCCUGUCAAAGAGGACGACGUGGGACCACAAGUAACACACAUCUAUGAGCUCCAUAACUCUGGUCCCAGCAGUAUUCAGGAGGCUGAGAUUCAGGUUGGCUGGCCUUCCCGUUUCCGUGACGAGAACCUGCUGUACGCCAUGGAGAUUCAAACUGACGGACCAAUUAGCUGCCGGACCAACACCAGCCUCAACCCUCUUGGCCUUCAGAUCUCUGCUCUCCAGGACACACCUGAAUUAUUGGGUUUCUUGAGGAACACCAGUGCUCCUCCUCACCGCCACAAGCGAGCCGUCAGCAAAGCUCAGAGUUAUAGCGGUAAAACCUUGAACUGCACUAAUAUCUCCUGUCUGAGGAUCACGUGUGUGGUUGGCCGGUUGGAUCGUGGGCAGAGCGCGGUGGUCAAGAUCCGCUCGAGACUCUGGGCACAUACUUUCCUGCAGCGGCGUAAUGACCCAUACAUCGUCAACUCUACUGUCUCCUUCAUGGUCAUAGCCAUGCCUUACCGAAUCCAACCCCCCACCCUGCCUCAACACACCACUUCGAUGGGGACCCUGGUGUUGUGGGGGACUCCUGAUGUAUCGUUUGCUGUUCCACUCUGGGUCAUCAUCCUGGCCAUACUGCUGGGGCUGCUGGUGCUGGCUAUGCUAACACUCGUCAUGUGGAAGUGUGGUUUCUUUGACCGGGCGCGGCCACCAGCUGACGACAAUGUCUCCGACCAGGAGCAGCUGACGUCUGAUCAAACUGGGGACGCCUAAGACACUGCAUGACAGCUCCUGAUUAGAGGACUGUGGUUUGGGAGGGAUGUGCACCUUCUGAGUAACUUAAAUCAGAUCUGAGAUCUGUAGUAGUCAGACCCUACAUUCCUUGGCUGGAGAUCUACUGCCUCUCUGUUAAUGAUAUUGACUGUGAGGACAGACUGAAGACUGCAGCGCCACACAGACUGGGACCAAAGAACGAGGUUUAAGCCAGACAGAAUGGGACCAAAACACACUACACAGGCUCAAUCACACACACAUGUCCAUUGUUUAUCUAUUGUGAUGAGGCACCAAAACUGAAGAACAGAGUGGACUUUGUUGUGAAGACAAUCCUUUCAAUUUUUCUUGUAACUGAACGUUUUCACGUGUCUGUGUAAGUGAGGCACAAAGAGACUUGAGAUCUAUGCACAAGUGCUUUUGUGAGUAUGACAGCGUUUGUUUGUGAGUUUGUGUGUAUGUGUAUAUGUGCAGAUACUGUACAUAUGGUUGUGUUUAUUAGGUGCCUCUUGUGUCAUCCUUUCAUUUGGUUAUUGAAUUCUUGCCCCACCUGACUUACUAUAUCCUUUUUAUUUUUAUUUUUUUGUUUGUUUUCAGAUUGGGCUGUAUACAGGUUUAUUACACACAUACACACACAUAGGAUGCAGCCACACGCAUAAACACAAAGGCACAAAGUUAAUGUGUAUAUUUAUGAAUGUAUGUGCAAUAUUCCGGCGUUGCGUGAUACUGAAGCUUGUUUACACUGGCAUUAUUUUAUUAGAGCUUGAUGUUUCCAUUUUUUAUGUAUAUAAGUGAUUAAUUGGUAUAUUAGAUGUUAGUAUUGCAAAAGCAACAAAAGCAAUUUUUUAGACUGAUUUAAGCCAACACAUGACAUUUAAAAAAUAAUAAAGUGAGGAGACAAAUAACAAAUAAAUAACUUAUUACGUUCUUGUCUGUUAUCUUGGAUUUUUUUCUAACAACAAAAUUUCAGAAACUAAGAUGAACAGUCUAUAUCAAAAACAAGCUGCAGACAGUCUGAGACUGUGUACAUUAUUUAACAGCGCAUUAGAUGUUGUUUGUUUAUCUGAUAAUAAUGUGUCGUGCGCAGGCCGGCAGAGCAAAGUGGUCGGGAUUUCAGCAGUUCCCUGAAUUUAAA